GUGCGAUCGUCGCAUUUCAACAGCGGGCCGGUCGCGCUUGGUGCAGGAGCGUGUGUUUGUGUGUGUAACUGUGUGUGUGUCUCGGGUGGUGUGGGCGGCUCCCCUCAAGCCUUCGCUCUUGAAAGCCUAACUAUUCAGGGUGGAGACGAAUGGGAGUCCCGCGUGUUGGAUUCCAGUAUCAUCGAGGUUGCUAUUUUCUUCUGUAUGUCGCCUCGCCGCCUUGGUCUGUGUCGGCGUUCUUGAUGCCUCGGGAGGUUGGGGGAAUUGAACGUGGAUCGCCACGCAUCACGGAUCCUCAGUUGGUUGCCUGGCAGGAAAGAUGGCGGCAGCUGUGUCGAGGAGCGUGGUGCCGGUGGGGUCUGCAGCGGUGGCAGCGGCUUCACCGUGUUCGCAGGCGUCGUCGAGGAAUCACGUGAGCAUGGGGUGGAGCAACGCGAGCAGCCGGUUCGCCGGUUUGCAAGCCAGCAGCCGGGGCAGCGUGAAGGCAGGGUACACCGUGACGCUGAAGACGAAGGAUGCGGGGGACGUGACGUUCGAGGUGGACGGGUCGACGUACAUCUUGGAUGCCGCGGAGGAGGCGGGAGUGGACCUUCCGUACUCGUGCCGAGCCGGUGCGUGCUCGACGUGCGCGGGGCAAAUCAAGGAGGGCACGGUGGACCAGUCGGACGGGUCAUUCCUGGACGACGAGCAAAUGGAGAAGGGGUUCGUGCUGACGUGCGUGGCGUACCCGACGUCGGACCUGGUGAUCGAGACUCACAAGGAGGAGGACCUGCAGUAGUAGUGUAGCGAGUGUAGGGGGGAGGGCAGCGAGUAGCAUGGGCCGUAGAAGUUGCCGGAGACGGCGGAGGGAGCGAGGCGCAGGUGCAAUGCGCUUGGAGGUGGAGUGGAGCACAUGAUGCGACGGUGGCGGUGUGGGAUGCACGUGCGUGCGGAGAGUCGGUGGAGGGUAGCAGCAGGUGCAGUGGUGAUUUAUUGGGGGAUGGCAGAGGGUGAGGGGGCCGGGUUGGCGUAUGAGGAUGGGUGGAGUUGGAGAUACGGGUAGGAUGCUCGCAAGUGAGGUUAGCAGUAGGCGAGGAUGUUGAUAGACUUGUGGGGAAUAAAAAGAGUAAAAUUUUUAUGAAGGAGCGAAGCGGAUGUGGAUGUGUGCAGAUGGCGUUGCAUGUGGAGUGGGAGGAUGGCAAUGGUGUGGCAGUGCGAGGGAGUGUGAGUGCGAACAUACCAUGUAUUUGAUGCAGAGCUGUGAUGGUGGUGAUGAAGUGAGUGAGGUGGCAGAUGGGUGUGUAUGUGAGGAGUUUGGGAUGAUGUGUGUAUGGACUGCUGGUUUGUGGAAGUCAAAGCUCUCGGGUUUAUUGCCCUUGUA